CUCUCUCUCUCUCUCUCUCUCUCUCUCUCUGCCCACUCUUCCGCCUCCUCUCUGACCGGCGAUCUCUCCUCCCUCCGCGGCUCUCAGCCAGCCAGGGUUUUAGAUUUCUCCGGCCACGCCUCGCCUAAUCUUCGUUCGUCUCUGUUCUGAUCGUGGCUUUCUUUCUCCCCUGUCGCCGGCGCCGAUUUUGAUCCUGGUCGGGCCGUGUGUUCUUCUGGCCGGUAAAAAAAAAAGGAGGAAGAAUUCCGUCUGGUCGAGUCGUGGAUCGUCGGAAUUUUCGAUCAAGGUGAGAUUUUGAGGGGUUUUAUAGGAUAAAGUCGCGAUCUUUGGGUGCUUCCGAUGGCCGAUUCGGACAAUGAUUCGGGCGGGCAGGGCCACGGCCACGCGGGGGCGGCGCCGCGGGAGCAGGAACGCUUCCUUCCCAUCGCCAACGUGAGCCGCAUCAUGAAGAAGGCUCUCCCGGCGAACGCUAAGAUCUCCAAGGACGCCAAGGAGACGGUGCAGGAGUGCGUGUCGGAGUUCAUCAGCUUCAUCACCGGCGAGGCCUCCGACAAGUGCCAGCGCGAGAAGCGCAAGACCGUCAACGGCGACGACCUCCUCUGGGCCAUGACCACCCUGGGGUUCGAGGAGUACGUGGAGCCGCUCAAGGUCUACCUCCAGCGCUUCCGCGAGACGGAGGGGGAGAAGAGCGGCGCCUCCGCAUCCUCGUCGCAGCUCCAGCCGAAGGACGCCUCCGGCGUCGGAGGCGGCGGCUCCUCCGUAGCCAUGGCGACCAAUGUGGGCGGUUACGCGGGCGGCGGCGCGCCGCCGAUGUACGUCGGUGGAAUGAGGAUGAUGGUGGGCCAGCAGAUGUACGCCGCGCCGCCUUCUUCCUCGGCGUAUCACCAGCACCAAAUGGCCGUGCCCGGCAAGAGCAGCAUCGGAAGCGGCGCCGGCGCCGGCGGGAAUUCGUCGUCUCCUAAGCCGGGAUUUAAAUAGCAAGGAUUACUAUUUGGAUUGGUGUGUUUGCUUACUGAUGAGACAUCCUACUCGGAUUAGCACGUGCCAAAGGGAUAGUAGAGAAUCGUCUCGGUGAGAUCCCUCGGAUGUUUAAGUUAUCAAAGAGAGAAGAGAAUG